UUUGUUAUAAUUCUACCAUUUUUGCUUUAUGGUCAAACUGGUGCGUGAAGUAGAAUGGGAACGAUGUUGAACCAUGGAGCAAUAAACUGACCCCUGGCAUCAAGCAGUAAGAACAACGGUGUAAAACACACGUAGAGUUGUACACUGUUAUAUGGUAGGAACGGCGCUGUCGUACUACAUGUAACCUUAUUACCUGUGGCCUUAUUAAAAAUCAAACAGUUCCUUGUAUCCUAUACAACAGUACUGUAAGCGGUUUACAGUUACCAGGUUAUUUUUUCCGGUUGUCUGGAGUUUUAUUUCACGAAGAGACUUCCUCGUCGGUGCUGGUGCUGGGUGCUACACUGUUAACACAGGGAGUUUGGCCCAACAUGAAACACUCUGUGCAACCUUCGAGGGGUGAUGAUGAUGGGGCCUUGGCUCCAUUCACCGUACAACAACAGAUGCGAUACCCUGAAAUGCAGCAGCAAGGUUACUAUCUACAGAGUCCACCUCAGCAGUCUCAACUCUCGCCACAAGCGCAGCAUGCUAAUCAACAACGAAUGGAACAGCAUUAUGCAAAUCAGCAGUAUGCACAACAGCAACAUGCGCAACAACACUAUGCAAAUCAGCAGCACGCCCAGCAACGGCAACAGCAACAACAAAGAGUACAGCCAAAACAACAGCAACAACAACAAAGAGUACAGCCGAAACAACAACAACAACAACAAGAACAACGUCAACAGCCUAAACAAGGUCAACAACCAAAGCAACAGAAACAAAAGAACGCCCAACAACCAAAACAACAACAACAACAACAACAACAGAGAUCCAAACAGCCAGCUGGCAAACAAGGACAACAACAGAGAAGCCAGCCCAAGAAGCAGUCCUUCCGGCGUUUUCGACGCGCCCCACCCGGCGUCGAAGUCAGCCAUUGCAUCAAAUACACCAUCUUCUUUCUAAAUUUCAUCUUCUGGUUGUUGGGUGUUUUUUUGCUGGGCUUCGGAAUAUGGGGAGUGGUCUCGAAAGCGUUAGCCAGUAUCGAGGUCAUAGCUGAGGUUGCAGGUAUUGGUUUCGAUCCCAUGUACGGGUUUAUCAUCGUGGGUGCCAUAAUCUUUAUUCUAGCGACCAGUGGUUGUAUCGGUGCACUGAGAGAGAAUACGUGCAUGCUCAAGUUCUUCGUCUACUCCCUCAUCCUCAUCUUCCUGGCUGAGAUCACGCUCGGUGUCUUGGCGUACUUCUACCAGGACGCAGUGUUUCAAAUCUUGGAGAAGUGGCUGGAUAAAUCGAUAGAGGAAUAUUAUGAUGAUCCUGACACGCAGUUUAUUAUGGAUUCCCUACAAGAAAGUCUUCAAUGCUGUGGGUCGGCAAAGGGACCGGAAGACUGGGAGCAAAACAUAUAUUUCAGUUGUGAUUCUCCGGCUAUCUCACGUUGUAGCGUGCCUUACUCGUGUUGUAUGCCAGACGAUGAUGGCGUGGUCAAUUACCAGUGUGGGUUCCAGGCUCUUUCCCCGGAUGCCUCGGCUGACGUCAUCCGGCAGCAAGUGUUUACCACUGGGUGUGUAGAAGGAAUGAAGAGUUGGUUCAUUACCAACGCCAUUGCGCUUGGUAUAGCUGGAGGUAUACUGAUCGUAUUGGAAUGUCUGGUCAUCUGCCUCACUAAGUCACUCAUCAAUGAUAUCGAAUGCGUCAAAUCUUACUGGUAGACCCGGCCCCGAGUCAAUGGGUGCGUUCGGUUAGCUUCCCUGGGUCGAACCCGGUGUGUGGCGGGUUUUUUUUUCAGGA